CAGACUCAUUUUCCUAAAUAAAAAAACUUCAAAAUUUUGCCGCUUGUUGAGAAUAAAAUUAGAAUAUAAAAUAAAACACAAAAAUAAAAAAUAUAUAAGUAGUUGCAUUAUUUAAGAAUGUUUGAAGUUGAAAGUAUUCGAGCUGAUCACAAAGAUGUUAUUCAUGAUGUAGCUUACGAUUAUUAUGGCAAAAGAUUUGCUACAUGUUCCAGUGAUCAAACUAUAAAGAUAUGGGAUUUGGAUGAAAAUGAUCAUUGGGCAGUUUCUGCGAGUUGGAAAGCACAUUCCGGCUCUAUAUGGAGGGUUUCAUGGGCUCAUCCGGAAUUUGGUCAAGUCAUUGCUACCUGUUCUUUUGAUAGAACAGCUUCAGUUUGGGAGGAAAUUGUGGGAGAAAAAACGACUCCAACAAUGAGUCCAGUUAAAAGAUGGCAGAGAAGAACAGCUUUGGUUGAUUCUAGGACCAGCGUAACAGAUGUUAAAUUUGCUCCAAAAAUUUUAGGUCUUUUAUUAGCGACAGCUUCAGCAGAUGGAAUAAUUAGAAUAUACGAAGCUCCUGAUAUUAUGAAUCUUUCUUUAUGGCCAGUUCAACAUGAAAUUGCUUGCAAAGUUCCUCUAAGUUGUUUAUCUUGGAAUAAGUCAAUGUAUAGAUCACAUUCCCCGCUAAUUGCAGUGGGCAGCGAUGAUAAGUCGGCUGACGGUGGCAAAGUAUUUAUAUUUGAAUAUAGUGAGAGUGCUAGAACGUGGUCUAAAGUGGAAAUUAUAAAUAGUAUAACAGAUCCAGUUCAUGACAUUGCAUUUGCUCCAAACGUCGGUAGAAGUUAUCAUAUUUUAGCAGUAGCCAGUAAAAAUUUGCAUAUACUAAAUAUAAAACCAAUAUCAGAUCCGAAUGGCACAAACCGAUUAGAAGUGCAGACUGUAGCUCAGUUUAGUGAUCAUUACUGCCAAGUUUGGAGAGUUUGUUGGAAUAUAUUUGGUACAAUGCUAGCCUCCUCUGGGGAUGAUGGUUGCGUACGAAUUUGGAGAAUGAAUUAUAUGAAAACAUGGAAAUGUGCAGGUGUUCUAAAAUCUGAAGGAUGCCAACCACCUCAAGAAAAAACUAAUGUUCAAACUGCUAAUAAUGCUGGUUCGUCAACUCCACAAUACAAAUAUUAUAAACGUGGAAAUAUUGUUACCAAUGCGACACACGUUCCUUGGCAUUAGUAUAGUUAUCUAUUUGGGUUUACAAACAUGCAUUUCCAAUAAUAUUUUAUUUGUAUAAAGUUCAAACUAUAGCAAUUUAUAAUUACAAGUGGAAGCAAGUUUUUAUAAAAAAAAAUUUAUUA